AUGCGCGUCUUCCCUCGCCAUGUGCAUGCUCGCGCUGCGCUGACCGAUCAGCAGCGUGAUAUCCUCACCUUGCACAGCCGCAGGACACACUCGCUCAAGUCGCAGGAUAGGGUCUUGCAGUCUACCAUCUUCGCUCAUUUUCCUGAGCGAGACCUGAGCCACUCUCCGAUGCGAGUCUCGAGCUACUACCCCCUCAAGGCCUUCCCGCACCGCUAUGCUCAGAUGCUCGACUGCUAUCUCCAUGGCAUGCCGAUCUGCCAGUGUCCGACGGAAUGUGAUGGAUGUCAGCGCGAGCUCGAUCCCUCCGUUGCUGCACAUCAUCUCCAGACCUGCAAACGCCGAUCCUCCAAGCUUCCAACGGCGCAUGACAACCUUACUCGUACGAUUCGGUCGAUGCUGAACGAAGCUGGUCUUCAGAGCGUCAUCGAUACAGUGGGGGAUCCUCGUUCUCGACGGCAGGUACCCUCCCAUCCUCAUGGCCGCAAGAUGAAGGGCGAUAUCCACAUCCCUGGAAUCCGCGAUCGAGGGUCCGAGCAGUACGAGGGCUUGAUGGCGGACGUGACGUUGGUCCACCCUUACAUUGCGUCUGAGAAGAUUCGCAAACAUCGCGCUGCAUAUGCUAUGACUACUCCUCCUCGAGCGUUCAUCCCUCUUGCCAUCUCGACGGACGGUACCCUGCAUCCUGACACCCUCCGCUUCAUCUGGUAUCUUGCGGACAUCAUUGCUCAGCGCUCGAUGCCUCUUGAGGAUGCGGCGUUUGGUCGGCACUUCGUGCCUGAUGACGGACCUGCUGCUGAGGUCUUGGCUCGCAAACGCGCCGCCACCUAUCAGCGCCUCACCAUGCAGCUGACGCUGGAAGCGCUCUUGUCUGGUGCGCAAGCACUCCUCGAGCCAGAGGACAGCUCCUCCUCGGACUUUGUCGAGUCGCCCGAGGAGUCUUCGCCGGAGGUCUCCGACUCCGAUGGGGGACACCCUUCGAGUGGCCCCGACGAUGGGCGCGGAGCUGGCGACUCGGAGGCGUCUCCGUCCCUCACUGUGACGUCGGGUGCCUCCGGAGAGCUCGACACCACUGGGGUGCUUGCUGCUGGUCCGAGCUCGCCUGCUUCCUCCCCGGCAUCGGUCGGGUCACGCCGGUCCUUGGGCAUUGCCGCGGCGUCGCCGCCGUCACGGGCGGCUACCGCUGACUCGGCUACCGCUGACUCGGAGGCUAGCGAGGAGGACUGCCUCGAGCGGUACCGUGUUCAUGUGUCCAGCCUCCCUCCGUCCGCUGCCCCAGGCGGACCCCCGGGCAACGCCGGCUCCUUGUCGGCGGCUGCCCUUUCUCCGUCCGCGGCCGCCCGCUUUGUGGCGGCAGCGGACGUCUCGACUGACAGUGGUCAGUCGGCUGCCUCCGGGUAUCGCGUGUAA